AUGUCCCCCGCCUUUGCCACAUGGUUCGAGAUCGACCCGGAGGACGAUAAUGAAACCGCCGAAGCGAGGUCUCUCGCGAUCGACAAAGAACUCCUAGCGGACUUCCAACGAGAGAAUCAUCACUCUGUCUACUUUACCGGGGACAGAGAUCUUGGAACGCCUCUAGUUGCGAACCUUCUUGCAACGAACGUACAUGACACGUAUACCUAUCGCGAAGAUCUCAGUCAAGAGUUGUCUGCCUGGUUGAGGGACAUUCUGGAGGAGCUGAGCAAAAAUUAUAGAGGGUGCUACAAUAGCGUCAUUGGACAGGUAGAAUAUAUCAUGGCCAAGCUUGAUAUAUCGAAAGAAACUUUGACCGAAAGCAUCCUAGAGGGCAUCCAGGAGCUGUUGGGGAGCCCCAACUUUAAGCAGCUCCUCGAGACCGACUCUGGCCUGGUCCAAUAUCGCCUAAUCCCCAAAAAUCGGAGAUACUAUCUCGACAGCAUUGUCGGCCACCUACCCCGUAUGAUCUGCGGAGAGUACCACCCCACCACGGCGGACGUCGCCUUCAUCAUCCAAAGAAGAAGAGGAUUCUCGAGAACAACCGCCAUAUUAUCCCCGAAGGAGCUCGUAUCCGAUGCUCUCUUCGCCGUAUAUAUAUGGGACCUCACAACCCACGCCGAGAGAUUGAUGGAAGAUGAGAGUGUGUCAAUUUUAGACGAAACCUCUAUGAUGCUCAGUAGUUACUACCACUCGAGGUGGAUGGGGACAAAACCUCUCGUCCUAUUUCUCGUCAACCUCUCCGCAUUCAAAGACAGCUUCACGGUCGAGUCGUUCCGGCUACAACACCACGACUACUCUGGCGGCGAUGACCCAAAGGAGGCCAUUGACUACAUCACGGGGGUCUUGCGACGCCCGUUAAACUUGGAGAUGGAAAAACCACUCCUCUUCUAUCCCUGCGAUAUCUCGGAUGAGUCAAAUCUUGAUCAUCUGUUUGCGCUCGCUCAUCAAACUCUUGUCAUGAAGAACACACCGGUUUACGAAAGUGAUGAGGAGUUGGAGGAAAAAGAAAUUUGUUAA